AUGUGGAAGUGCGUCUUCUCCUUGGCAUCUGCUCCUGAGAGAGGGCGGGUGUUGUUGUCGCUUUGCUCCACAGAGGUUCUUUUCCGUACAACUUUUGUCCUUGUCGCAUCCGUUGCUUUCCUUUGCGCCGAGUGCAUUGGCGGCUGCGCGUGCGGCCGUGCACUCUCACCGGCGCUCGCUCCGCCCCUUUUCUGCUUUUUCUGCAGAGUGUCCGUCAUUUUUCCCUCCCUUUUUCUCUGCUGUAGUAAUCCACAGGCCACACAGCAAGACAGUCGCAAGGCAGCGGGUAUGGCGGUGCGUUGGGGGGCGGCGAGGCAGCUGCGCGCGGUUGGGCUUGCGGCCCUCUGCUGCGUUUGCACCGGCGUAAAUGCCUAG